GAGCGAGCGGCGCGCGCCGGCCCCGGGCCCGCUCCCGGCCCCGCCCCUCCCGCGGUCACGUGACGCGGGCCCCGAGCGCUCGCGUGCGAACCGGGCGCCCUGCGCGCGCCCCCCGCGCGCCGCCCGCCGCCGUUUCGGUUUCAUUUCCGGCGGCCCCGGGCCCGGAGCGGCGGCGCCGAGCGGAGCCCCCGGCGCUGCCCCCCGCUCCCGCCCAGGGUGGCCACACCCCCGGGCUCGGCGUGAACCGAGCGCCCCCGCCCCGCACACACACACCGCUCCUCCCCCGCCUGCGCCGGCACAGAGAAAGGGAAGGGAGGCGGCGCCGGGCCCGGGUCUCCCGCACCGCGCACAACAUGGAGGAGCUGGUGGUGGAGGUGCGGGGCUCCAACGGGGCCUUCUACAAGGCAUUUGUAAAGGAUGUGCAUGAAGAUUCAAUAACAGUUUCAUUUGAAAACAACUGGCAACCAGAGAGACAAAUCCCAUUCCAUGAUGUGAGGUUCCCACCACCUGCAGGCUAUAAUAAAGACAUAAAUGAAAGUGAUGAAGUAGAGGUUUAUUCCAGGGCAAAUGAAAAAGAACCCUGCUGUUGGUGGUUGGCUAAAGUGAGAAUGAUAAAGGGUGAGUUCUACGUAAUAGAAUAUGCAGCCUGUGAUGCUACAUACAACGAAAUUGUCACAAUUGAGCGUUUGAGAUCUGUGAACCCCAAUAAACCCGCAACAAAAGAUACUUUUCAUAAAAUCAAACUGGCAGUUCCUGAAGAUUUAAGGCAAAUGUGUGCCAAAGAAUCUGCACAUAAGGACUUCAAAAAGGCAGUUGGAGCUUUUUCUGUAACAUAUGAUUCUGAAAACCACCAGCUUAUUAUUUUGUCAAUCAACGACGUGACCACGAAGCGAGCCAACAUGCUCAUUGAUAUGCACUUUCGGAGCCUGCGCACCAAGCUAUCCCUGAUACUGAGAAAUGAAGAAGCCAGCAAACAGCUGGAGAGUUCUAGGCAACUUGCAUCCCGGUUCCAUGAACAGUUUGUAGUACGUGAAGACCUAAUGGGUUUGGCCAUUGGCACUCACGGUGCUAAUAUUCAGCAAGCCAGAAAAGUCCCUGGAGUGACUGCCAUUGACCUUGAUGAAGAUACUUGUACAUUCCAUAUUUAUGGAGAGGAUCAAGAUGCGGUGAAAAAGGCAAGAAGUUACCUUGAAUUUGCUGAAGAUGUCAUACAAGUCCCAAGGAAUUUAGUAGGAAAAGUAAUAGGAAAAAAUGGAAAACUGAUUCAAGAGAUAGUGGACAAAUCCGGCGUUGUAAGAGUGAGAAUUGAGGCUGAAAAUGACAAAAAUAUUCCACAAGAAGAGGGCAUGGUACCAUUUGUGUUUGUAGGAACCAAGGAUAGCAUCACUAAUGCAACUGUUCUUCUGGAUUAUCAUCUUAAUUAUUUAAAGGAAGUGGACCAGCUGCGUUUGGAGCGAUUGCAGAUUGAUGAGCAACUGCGCCAGAUCGGAGCCACUUCGCGGCCCCCCUCGAACCGCCCGGACAAGGACAAAGGGUACAUGACCGACGACGGGCCCGGCCUCGGCCGCGGCAGCCGCCCCUACCGGAACCGCGGCCACAGCCGGCGUGGGCCAGGCUAUGCUUCAGGAACUAAUUCUGAAGCAUCAAAUGCUUCUGAAACAGAGUCUGAUCACAGAGACGAGCUGAGCGAUUGGUCGGCGGCCCCGGCGGAGGAGGAGCGGGACAAUUACCUGCGCCGGGGGGACGGGCGGAGGCGCGGCGGCGGCGCCCGAGGCCAGGGCGGGCGGGGCCGCGGAGGAUUCAAAGGCAAUGACGAACAGUCGCGAACAGACAACCGUCAGCGCAACUCACGAGAGGCGAAAGGGAGGACAGCGGACGGGUCCCUUGAGAUCAGAACUGACUGCAAUAAUGAAAGGAGUGUCCACACUCAAACCUUACAGAAUACCUCGAGCGAAGGCAGCCGGCUGCGCACGGGCAAGGAGCGGAACCCCAAGAAGGAGAAGACGGACAGCGCGGACGCUCAGCAGCCGCUGGUCAACGGAGUCCCCUAAACUGCAUAACUCUGAAGUCAUACUUCCUAUACUGUUUCAGUAAUUCCUAUUCCAUGUUAGAGAAACUUGUUAGGCCAAAGACAAAAUAGUAGGCAAGAUGGCGCAGGGCAUGAAAUGAACAUAUGUUCUCUGUUAGCCUUUUUUAACAUCAACAGUAUGCAGUUGUUUUCAGAAUAAGAAGUUAUUCAAAUAUUUGCAUAAAAAUACCUGAACUUCUGAAAAUCGCUUCCAAGUACAUAUUGCAGUUCAAAAGAUGAAAGAUUCUUUUUUGUUUGUUUUAAAAAUACUGAGCUGUGCAUUGGUAAACUUUCUGUUCAGUUGUACCAUUUUAACACAUCGGGUCAAAUUCACUGCUCAAUUUCAAUUUUCAGAAUAAAUAGUGUUUGCAGUAAUCAAAUUGGCUUCUGUUUUCAAUCUAACUUACCAGUUCUUCAUGAAAUGCUAUGUCGUUUUAUGUCCUGUGUCAGUUCACAUUCUGGUCCACCUUUUUCAAUAUUUUGGUGGACCCUGAAAUCUGUGUGAUGUAACAAUUGUCAUUUUCAUUAGCAAAAAAGUUGUAUGAUCUGUGCCUUUUUUAUAUCUUGGCAGGUAGGAAUAUUAUAUUUGGAUGCAGAAAUCAGGGAAGAUGAGUUGGUAACACUAAAUGUAAAAUAUAUGUAGCAAUCCUUGUCAGACGUUAGUACUUUAUAGACAAGUGCAUGCUUUCCAUAAUUUUUUCCUUACAUAAACAUUCAGUUAGGCAGUUAUAAGAAUAGGAAAUUUAUUUUGCACUGAAGAUUUGGCAAAUAGUGUUAUUGAAAAAGGGGUGUAAUUUUUUUCUUUGUAGGCAGUACAGAAGCUUUUUUUUUAAAAAAGAAAAACUAAAAAAAAAAAAUCUUUCCAUUGUGGAAAACUGAAAAAACUCAUUGUUACUGAGGGAACAAGUGUAACAUGUUCACAAGCUAGUAAUGGGUGCCUGCUGUUUGGCCAGAUGACCAGCCUAAAGCAUUGAUGGUUUUCAUCCUCCCAAAAUUUUUGAAUUGCUUAUUUUAAUUUGGGGGCUAUUUCAGGACAGGUAAGAAGAAAGUCACCACAUUAUGCCCUGGCAACUACAGAUACAGUAGUUGAAAUAUUGAAGGUAAAAUAAAAGUUCUUCAUAUUUUGAGCUGCAGGGUCCUAAUUACCAGCCAAUAUGAAGGUGUCACAGAAUUUGAUGCAAAGUACAGCUGUACACCAGGGAAGGGUGGGAAGAGCUGGUAGGAGCUGUGCUUUCUUUCAUUUCUGAUCACACGUUAAACUUACUGGGCACAACUGCAUAAGGACCUUCAUUUUAGUCCAUUUUUGUUCAGAUUACUCCAGAAGGAGAGCCACUGUUUAUGUACAGAAUUGUACAAACUUGACCUUGCCUCUGAUGUAUUUUGUGAGUUUUGUUUCUUUGCUUUCUUCAUUCUUUUUUUUCCUUGCAUACAGGUGAGCAUACUAAAACUGGCAACGAACUGCACAUGAUUUAACAAAUAUAAAAAUGUCUUAAAAAGUAUUGCCAAACAUUAAUGUUGAUUUCUAGUUAUUUAUUUUGGGAAUGUAUAGUAUUUGAAAACAGAAAUUGGUACCUUGCACACAUCAUCUGUAAGCUGUUUGGUUUAAAAUACUGUAGAUAAUUAACCAAGGUAGACUGACCUUGUAAUGUAACUGCUCUUGGGCAAUAUUCUCUGUACAUAUUAGCUACAACAGAUUGGAUUUUAUGUUGACAUUUGUUUGGUUAUAGUGCAAUAUAUUUUGUAUGCAAGCAGUUUCAAUAAAGUUUGAUCUUCCUCUGCUAACUGAUGUUGAUGCAAUCCUUAUGAAUGAUUGCUUUAAAAAAUCUCAACUGACAGAAAGUAGGAAGUAUUUCUUUGUUUAGACUUUAACUGUAGCCAUUGUUUAUUUACACAUUUUAGAAAAAUCUCAGAUACUACCAGAUUUCAAAAAUCUACAGCACAAAAUGCUCAAGAAGACACAGUCUCCUCAUGGAAUGGUGCAGUACCUGUUGAGUGGUCACACUUCAUGCACUCAUUUCUCACAUUCAGUGGUUGAGUUCACUAAGGUGCUAACCCAGGUAAAUGUGAAAUUCCUAAACCACAGUCUGACUAAUUGGCUGCAUUCCAUUUCCACGUGGGUUUUGGGGUUAUGACCUUUUUCAGUAUUUGUGUACUUCACAUACGUCCCUUUCAGUUCAUAUUCCAGUGAUUUUAAAUGUUAUUAAAUUUCAACAAAGUAACCUGUGAAUCUAAAUGUACACUUUUAUUUUGAAAAGUCAUGUUGUUACAAAACUUGAAAGUGCAACAAAUGUCUGAUGCUUGAGUUCAGGUCCGUCCUAUUGGUAACUAUUAUAAAGUACGGUCUAAUGAAUGAAAAUUAUUUUUAAAAUAAAGUUCUUUGAAAGAGUGA